AUGAGUUUUACUCGCAACCUUAAUGAUUAUUAUAACAUUUAUGAAAAGCGUAAACUAGUUACCAUAAUAACAUUAAUAGCAAAGCAUUUUUCCAUUUGUGUUGCAAAACCUGUUAUAGAAUGCUUUACAGUACCAAUUGUAUUUAAUGGAGUAUCUAUUCACAAUCCAAAUAAUGUUGAAGCACCAAGAAUUUGUUGGUAUUUGCUCAACAAAUACACUAAAAACUUUGAUAUCACAUAUACAAAACAUCAGACAUAUUGGAUUUCACAAGAAUAUCAAAACACUAAUACUUUUAAUCAUAUUGAACUUUUAACUAUUCAUUAUUAUGAUAAUGUUAUUGCAGAGUGA